CUCUCUCUCUCUCUCUCUCUCUCUCUCUCUCUCUCUCUCUCUCCACAACACCGAGGAACUCAACCAGCACCUCGAUCCUUAAUUAAUUCCCUCUCCUUCUUCUUCAACCCCUCAACCUCCACUAAUAUUCAACCUCCCAUGGCCUGAGAAUCCUAGCUAGCUAGCCUCCUCCUCCCUCCCUUCAUCAACCACCACCACCAAUGCCCGAACGCUUUCUCCUCCUCCUCCUCCUCCUCCUCCUCCACUUCUCUCUCUCGACCUCCCUAUCCCCGGAUGGCGAAGCUCUUCUCCCUUUGAUCAGCCCUCCUUCAUCCUCCCCCCACCCCUCGUGGAACCCCUCAGACCCAACCCGUUGCUCAUGCACGGUCGUCACUGCUCCCGCGACGCGCGCGUCAUCUCCCUCUCCUCCCGACACUUUCCUCAAACCUCACCUCCCUCCCCCCCAGCUCUCCUCCCUCUCUCCCUCCAGCCUCCUCAACCUCUCCUCCCAACAUCUCGGGCCCCUCCCUCCUCCCUCGGCUCUUCUCCUCUCUCCGCCUCCUUACCUCAGCUCAACUCUCUCGGGCACGAUCCCUUCGCGGCUCGGCGCGCUGAGCUCUCUCCCGUAUCUGCUGCUGACUGAACCGGCUCUCCGGCCCCAUCCGGCCACGCUGGCGAACCUUACCUCGCUCCAGGUCCUCUGCUUUCAGGACAACCUGAUAAACGGCUCGACUUCCCAGCUCGGCUCGCUGAUGUCCCUCGAACAGUUCCGGUCGGGGGCACCGUUUCUGACAGGUUGCCUCCCCCGGAGCUGGUGGCUGUUGGCGAACUUGACCUACUUCGGCGCCGCCGCACUGGACCUUUCAGGGCCCCAUUCGAAGGUCGGAAGUUUGAUCAACUUGCAGACGCUAGCAUUGUACGAUACUGAGAUUUCGGGCUCGGUUCCAAAGAGAAGCAGCUGCCUUCAGCUCGUAGGAAACUGAUACCUGCAUAUGAAUAAGCUGACGGGUCCGGUUCCGCCGGAGCUUGGGAUGUUGAGCGAGUUGACGAGCCUGCUUCUCUGGGGGAAUCUGCUUGCGGGUUCCAUCCCCGGAGAGAUUGGGAAUUGCUCGGCGUUGGUUGUUCUUGACCUCUCGGCGAAUAAGCUGGGAGGAGGAGUCCCCGAAGAGAUUGGGAGGUUGGGGGUUUUAGAGCAGCUGCAUUUGUCUGAUAACCUGGUUUCGGGUCCGAUUCCUAAAGAGAUUAGCAACUGCAGCAGCUUAACAGCUCUGCAGCUUGAUAAGAACUUGAUUUCAGGCCCGAUUCCGUUGGAGAUUGGAGAGCUGAAGUAUCUGCAGAGUCUGUUUUUAUGGGGGAAUUCGAUAUCGGGUACUAUUCCUUCAUCAUUUGGGAACUGCAGCGAGCUCUAUGCUCUUGAUUUGUCGAAGAACAAGCUUGUUGGGACGAUCCCUGACGAGCUUUUUGGGCUUUCGAAGCUCAGCAAGUUGCUGCUUUUAGGCAAUGAGCUCACUGGAGAACUGCCGAAGAGUGUUGCUAACUGUCAGUCAUUGGUGAGAUUGAGGCUUGGCGAGAACCAGUUCAAAGGAGAGAUUCCCAAAGAGAUUGGUAAGCUUCAAAACUUGGUGUUUCUAGAUCUUUACAGCAAUAAUUUUUCGGGGAAAUUGCCUGCUGAGAUUGCAAACGUUACUGUUCUUGAGCUGUUGGAUGUGCACAAUAAUAGUAUCACCGGAGAAAUUCCUCCUCAGUUGGGGGAGCUGAUGAAUCUCGAGCAGCUCGAUCUCAGUCACAAUAAUUUCUCAGGUGAAAUCCCGCAGAGUUUCGGCAACUUCAGUUACCUGAACAAGCUGAUCCUGAACAGCAAUUUCUUAUCUGGGUCUCUGCCAAAAUCUAUCAAGAACCUGCAGAAGCUUACAUUGCUUGAUUUGAGCUACAACAACUUCUCAGGGCCAAUUCCUCCUGAAAUCGGCUCCUUGGUGAGCUUAACGAUGAGUUUAGACUUGAGUUCUAACAAUCUCACCGGAGAAAUUCCAAAGGAAAUGUCUCAAUUGUCACAGCUACAAUCAUUGGAUUUAUCGAGCAAUUCCUUAUAUGGGAGUAUAGAGGUCUUGGGUAUGCUAACAAGCCUAACUUCUCUAAACAUUUCUUAUAACAAUUUCUCUGGUCCUAUUCCAGUUACCCCAUUUUUUCGAACUCUAUCAUCAAAUUCUUAUCUCCAGAACUCAAAUCUGUGUCAAUCUUUUGAUGGGUAUACUUGCUCUUCUGAUCUCAUUCGUCGAACUGCUCUCAAAUCAAUCAAAACAGUUGCUUUAGUCUGUGUAAUCUUAGGCUGUGCAACUAUUUUCUUCUUUGCUAUUUGGAUCCUCAUUACCAAACAUAGAAAGCUUGCGGCAGAGAAAAAAGCAAUGUCAUUAUCGUCUUCUGGAGCUGAUGAUUUCUCAUAUCCAUGGACUCUUACCCCUUUCCUUAAACUCAAUUUCACGAUAGACAACAUCUUAGAAUGCCUAAAAGACGAAAACGUUAUAGGAAAAGGAUGCUCAGGGGUCGUUUAUAAAGCCGAGAUGCCCAAUGGGGAGAUAAUUGCAGUCAAAAAACUAUGGAGAUCAAAGAAAGAUGAGGAUCAAAUUGAUGCAUUUGCAUCCGAGAUCAACAUUUUAGGCCACAUUCGACAUAGAAACAUCGUGAAAUUGCUUGGAUAUUGUUCUAACAAGUGCGUCAAACUUCUGUUGUAUAACUACAUCUCGAAUGGAAACCUGCAGCAAUUGUUGCAGGAGAAUAGGAGUUUGGAUUGGGAGACGAGGUAUAAAAUUGCAGUUGGAUCAGCGCAGGGAUUGUCUUAUCUUCAUCACGAUUGUGUGCCGGCGAUUUUGCAUAGGGAUGUGAAGUGUAAUAAUAUUUUGUUGGAUUCAAAAUAUGAAGCUUAUUUGGCUGAUUUCGGAUUGGCGAAGCUGAUGCAUUCGCCUAAUUUUCAUCAUGCUAUGUCGAGGGUUGCAGGAUCUUAUGGUUACAUAGCACCAGAGUACGGAUACACGGCAAACAUAACAGAAAAGAGUGAUGUCUACAGCUACGGAGUAGUCCUCCUUGAAAUCCUAACCGGCCGCAACGCAAUCGAAUCGAUGGUUGGCGACGGGGGACACAUUGUGGAGUGGGUCAAGAAGAAGAUGGGGAGCUUCGAGCCUGCACUCAACAUUUUGGACUCAAAACUCCGAGGACUUCCCGAUCAAAUGGUGCAAGAAAUGCUACAAACCCUAGGAAUCGCAAUGUUUUGUGUGAACUCCUCACCAUCGGAGAGGCCAACGAUGAAGGAGGUGGUUGCUCUAUUGAUGGAGGUCAAGAGCUCGCCAGAAGAAUGCGGGAAGAGUUCUCAACAGCCGUUGAUAAAGAAUGGGAGUCACAGUUGAAAAAAAUGCGGUUUAUUUUCUUAUGUUUUUAGGGUUAGAUGAUUUAAUUUUGAGAUGAUGAAGAGGAGGAGGAUUUGUGUUGUUUGGUUGGUUUGGUUUAGUGUUUGAGGCUGAGGGUUUUGUACAGGUUGUUGACAUUUGCAUGAGGUUACCUGAUCAAGUGAAGUUCCCUUCAUUGAAUAUUUUGAGGUUUUCUUCAUGUUUAAUAAGAUCACUAUGUCUAAUUUAUG